UAAUUGAAAUGUCACAUAUGACGAAACAUGACGUGUAACUUCAACAUGAACUAACCUUAAAUUUUACAAAAAUUUUGUUCUAAAUUAGCUAAUUAUAAAAAGAUGGAUAUUACACCAUUAUUUAAAGCAUCAAUUAAGACAGUACGUACUACGAAUAAAUCUCUUGGCAUCAAAGAUCAAAAAUCUAAUAUUUUAAAAAAUCAUAAAGAUAUUCACAUUACAACUGCAAAAGAUAUAGUUAAAAAGAUAGCACAAUUGGAACAGUUUCUAUUAGACAAUAAAGCAGCAUAUUUAAACGUUAUAAAUUAUUUAUCCACAAAUAAAACUAUGACCGAAAUAGACAGGCAGCAAGUAGAUACCAUGGCUGAAGAAAUAAUAAAUAAUUGCUGUGUAUUAAUAAAUGAUUAUAAAAAGGAAAUAAGUUCUAUACCAAAAACUAAUCAAAAGGAAGAACAUUACCAAAACGUUAUAGAGAGUUUAGAAAGAUAUUUAAAAAAUGUUUCUAAAAUUUACACAGAAGCAAAAGCAGUAAGAGUUAAAAGAGUUAUAGAAACGCACAAGUUAUCAAAAUUAGAAAUGAAACCUACGUAUAAAAAAAAAGAAAAUGACGAUUUGCCAAAAAAAAUUAAUUCUGACAUUCACAAUGAUGAAUUUAAGAUUAAAAAGGAAUUGAGAAUUCCAAGUGUACCUGUUGAUUAUGACAAUCAACUGUCUGCAGAAGAAAUGCAAAUGUUUGAAACAGAAAACGAGCUUCUUUAUAAUGAACUUAAUAGCCUUUCAGACGAAGUUAAACAAAUGGAAAGUAAAGUUGUCCAUAUAGCCGAAUUACAAGAAUUGUUUACUGAAAAAGUUUUACAACAACAGUCAGACAUCGAAAGGAUAGCAACAACUGUUGUAGGUUCAACUGAAAAUAUAAAAGAAGCCAAUGAACAAAUCCGCCAGGCUAUACAGAGAAAUGCUGGUCUUAGGGUAUAUGUAUUAUUCUUUUUGUUAGUAAUGUCUUUUUCAUUAUUAUUUUUGGAUUGGUAUAAUGAUUAGAUAGUUUUUUAAGAUUAUUAUAUUUUUUUUUAUUUUAUUUAUACUGUUUGGGGAAAUCAAGAAAAGUUUAAUGUAUUGUUUAAACACUUUAAAAGUUUAAUAUAUAAAAAUAAAGUGAGUACUUUAUUGAAUCAAAAA